CCAUUUUUUACCUUCCUUUCGGCAAAAGCAACCUCUCUCUCUCUCUCUCUCUCUCUCUCUCUCUCUCCCCCCCUCUUUAACUGCCAAACAACAAAAAGUUCAAAAGCAGUAGCAGUACAGUACCUAACAGAACAUCCCUCGUGAUUCUCUCUAAAAAUCUUCUCACAUGAAAAUUGACCACAACUCCACCACCUCUGCCACCAACGGAGGUGACACUACCGUCUUCAGGACUAUCGAAGUGGCAGUUUUUGACCGCCGCGAUCUCAGUCCACCUCCGGUCGUCGCUUCUCCUUCUCCGGUUGUCGGAGACGAACUCAAUCUUAUUCCACCUCUAAACUUUGCUAUGGUAGAUAAUGGCAUCUUUAGGUCUGGUUUUCCUGACUCUGCUAACUUCGCUUUUCUCCAAACUCUCGGCCUCCGCUCUAUCAUAUGUCUAUGUCCUGAGCCGUAUCCAGAGGCGACCACGGAGUUUCUAAAGGAUGGUGGAAUCAGGCUCUAUCAAUUUGGGAUCGAAGGUUACAAGGAGCCAUUCGUAAACAUCCCAGAGGAUACAAUUCGUGAAGCACUGAAAGUGGUCCUUGAUGCAAAGAAUCAUCCGGUUUUGAUUCAUUGUAAACGAGGAAAGCACCGAACUGGUUGUCUUGUGGGUUGCCUGAGAAAAUUGCAAAAGUGGUGUCUCUCAUCCAUAUUUGAUGAGUAUCAGCGGUUUGCAGCCGCAAAGGCUAGGGUUUCGGAUCAAAGGUUUAUGGAGUUGUUUGAUGUUUCUACCUUAAAGCAUAUGCCAAUGUCAUUUUCAUGCUCGAAGAGGUAAACCACUAGCUGGACUAAAUUUUUCUUGCUUAUCCUUUCUUUGUUAGUGGAAGAGAAUACUAGGUCCUGCUUUGGAAUGAAUAGGAAAGGUGGUGAGUUUCUGGAUCCAUUUCUGCGGCAAAAGGAAUAACUCUUGGAGUUCAAUCUGGAUUUCUGCUUCAAGCUCUCUUAGUUAGCCUGUCUCAAGGUCUUAGAUGACGAUGAAUUCUGAAUAUGAAUAAAACAAUUCCUGCUCUCCUCACCCUUAGCUGCUCCAGGCAAUGAUUAUUUCAGGCCAGGCAGAGUGUACAAUGAUUUCGAUCUGCUUAGUCAAAGAUGGAAAGAAAAAGAUUUUCUCCGUAUAAUGUAUUUUAACAAAUAAUAGAAUCAUUGAAGCAAAUAGAUUCCAUUAAUGCUUAGCAGUGUUGAGUGAUA